GGCUCCACAUCACAAUUACCAAAUCCACUUUACUCCGAUCCAUAUAAAUACCCUCCCCCCAAAUCCACUGCCCAUACGCGGCGGACGUUACCAUCGAUUUUCCUAAAAUCAACCAUGGCAACUGGUUCUUCUUCUCGCCCUCCAUCGAAACCCUACGAUCUCGAAAUCACCAUCGUCUCCGCCAAGCACCUCAAAAAUGUCAAUUGGCAUCACGGCGAUCUCAAGCCCUAUCUCAUCUUUUGGGUCGACCCGGACAACCGGCGCGCCACUCAAGCUGAUGAUUCCGGUAAUACCCGACCCGUUUGGAACGAGCGGUUCGUCCUCCAUCUUCCCCAAUCUCCUCACGAUGCUGUCCUCACUCUCGAGGUAUUCCAUUCCAAACCCUCAGAAACUCCCAAACCUUUAGUCGGUACACUUAGGAUUCCGUUGAAGGAGCUUGUUAACUUGGAUGAUCCGAACAAAAUCAGAACUUUUGAGCUCCGACGACCCUCGGGUCGUCCUCACGGUAAGAUCCGACUGAAGCUCGCUAUUCGUGAAUCUCCAAACCCCCAGGAUUACCAAAUACCCCCUCCUUCUAGCUACUAUUACUCUACUGCCCCUCCGCCGCCGCCUACCUAUAGAUCAUAUUCUCCUUCUCCGUACUCCUCACACCCUCCUCCGCCGCCACCUGCUUCUCCAUCUCCACCGCCUCCUCCGUCGCAUUCCUAUCCUUGCGGCAGCUACUCUGAUCCGUACGCCAGUUACUACCCCGGGUACUACUCUCAGCCACCACCUCCUCCUCGACCAUUCGUUGAGCGGCAAUCUAGCUAUGGUGGGGGGCUGGGGUCGAGACCGAGCGCUCCUGCUGAUUAUCCUCCUAAUUAUGAUCAGAAGCGUAGUGGGAAGAUGGGAAUGGGCACCGGAUUGGCAGUUGGAGCAGCGGCUGGUGCGCUCGGAGGAUUGGCAUUGGGGGAAGGGUUGAAGUACGAGGAACACAAGAUUGCUGGGAGAGUUGAAAACAACAUAGCCUCCAGGGAUGAUUACAGCAAUUACAGUGUUGAAUAUUGAUGAGGUUGCUGAUGUUACUUACUGGAUGAGGUUCUACAACUAAUGGGUAAUCUUUGUGUUGUUUUACUGUUUAAUGGUGUAUUUGUAUAUAAAGCUUGUUCAUUUUCAAUGAAUUCCUGUCUUAAUGAUGGUUUGGAGAUGAAUUAUGUUAAUUCUCAGCUGCUUAGGGUUGUUGGGUCCUUGGAGUUUCUUCUAUGAAGUACUCUACUGGUAUAUAUGGAAUUCUAUUAAAGAAUAAAUUUACUUCUGAAAAUUGGCCCAA